AUGGCUACGCCGUGGAAACACUGCAGCAUCCUCCUCCUCUCUCUCCUCCUCCACCUGCAGUCGUCUACCUGCCUCGACCGGCCGCCUGCUCACAGUCUCCAGAGGCUCCACAGAGGAAGUUACUUCAGGUUCGAGGAGCUGCUCUACCCUUCCCUCCCCUCAAGAAUCCCCCACGUUGCACCUGUGUCUCCCCUGCAGGUGUUUUCUGACGGGGAGCCGUGCGUCCUGUUCCAGGCCCGGAGACUGUCUCUGCGCCUCGAGAAGCAGAAGCAGCUGGACCUGACGGAGAGAGCGUUCUCUCCUCAGAAAUCUGUGGACACCAGCCAGUCUGUCUGCCGCCGGGACAAGGCAACGUUGCUCAUGAGGUUUGGAGACGUGGAGGAUUUGAGAGGCCUUUCAAUCAGACUGCAGCUGUCCAACACCUUCUACGAGUCGUCCGGUCAGUGGUGGUUCUCCGUGGACAGCGUCUCUCUGCUCUACAACACGUCUGAGGAAGCUGUGUUCAAUGCCAGCGAGGUGUACGCUCCGGCCUCCUCCUCCUACCACUGCCUCCAUGUCAGCAACCUGCAACGCCACAGCGCCCUGCUGCUGCCCAGCACCGACCACGCCCGCCGCUGGACCAUCACCUUCACCGACUUCCAGAUUCAGGCCUUCAACGUCAGCUCCGGUAAGUUUUCUCCGGCCAGCGACUGUGCCACCUUCCUGACGCCGGCCAUCCUGAUGGGCCUCGUCACCUCCCUCAUCCUGCUGCUGGUCCUGGCCUACGCCCUGCACAUGGUCAUCCACCUGAAGCACAUCGAGCACGAGGACGAGCACAAGGCCGACACCUACUACCCACAAACCCCUGAGCAGCCUGAACACUGCUAUGUGGAAAACAUGGCAGAGAAAAAUAUCCUGUAG